GUAAUAAUACGGCAUCGUUGCAUGUGCUAUCGUCUCCAUCGUCUCGGCCUGGAUGAUGAGAAAAUUGAUUCCAGUAGAAGUAGAACUCCGAGGAAAUUUCGGUAAAAGAUGUUGCGAGCUGCCAUUUCAUCAUCGUGGUCACGUUGUGUACUAAAACGACGUUUGAGUGCUGAGUGGAGGAGAAGCUAUGCUGUUGUGAGUAAAGCCCAGGAGAGAGCGAAGCAAUACCAACCAGGAGACAGGCUCCAUGGCUUCUCGGUAGAGAAAGUAGUUCCGGUUCCUGAACUGUACCUGACUGCGGUUCAACUCAGACACGAUAAGACUGGUGCUCAGUAUCUCCAUGUGGCAAGAGAAGAUACCAAUAAUGUUUUCAGUGUUGGGUUUAGGACCACCCCGAUGGAUAGCACAGGUGUAUCACAUAUCCUGGAGCAUACAGUCCUAUGUGGAUCUCAGAACUACCCUGUCAGGGACCCAUUCUUCAAGAUGCUCAAUAGAUCACUCUCUACAUUCAUGAAUGCAUGGACAGCCAGUGACUACACGAUGUACCCCUUUUCAACUCAAAAUGGCAAGGAUUUUGAAAACCUUCUCUCUGUCUACCUCGAUGCUGUAUUCUUCCCAAGACUGAGGCAACUGGACUUCAUGCAGGAGGGUUGGCGUUUAGAAAAUGAGGUGACAGAAGACCAAUCUACUCCCAUUGCCUUCAAAGGAGUUGUCUUUAAUGAGAUGAAAGGUGCCAUGUCCGGUCCAGACCAGCUGUUUGCUCACAGUCUUCAGAGUAAGCUCCUCCCAUCUCAUACAUAUUCACAUAAUAGUGGAGGUGAACCAAUCAGAAUCCCCGAUCUAACCUGGGACCAACUCAAACAGUUUCAUGCUUCACAUUACCAUCCAAGCAACUCCAGGUUCUAUACUUAUGGUGAUCUUCCCCUAGAGCGCCAUCUAGAGUUGAUUGAAGAGAAGGCAUUAUCCCACUUUGAACGUCUCCAGCCUCAUACAGAAGUACCUAAUGAAAGCAGAUGGGCCAGUCCGCGUGAGCAUACCAUGUACUGCCCACCGGACCCUAUGGCCCCUGAUCCAAACAAACAGACUACCUUGGCAGCCAGCUAUGUCAUCAAAGAUGUGACCGAUGCAGAGGAGUUGGUGUUUGGUCAAAUCCUUGGCUCUCUUCUGGUGGACGGUCCAACAGCACCCUUCUAUCACUCUCUCAUAGGAGCUGGUAUUGGUUCUGAUUAUGCACCUUGUAUUGGGUACAGCAGUCAAACAAGAGACUCAACAUUUAGUAUUGGCCUUCGAGGAUUAGCUGAGGAGGACGUGGACAGAGUCAAAAAGAUCAUUGAAGACACCAUAGCAAAAGUCAUCAGGACUGGGUUUGAACCUGAGAGGAUUGAAGCCAUCCUUCACAAGAUUGAGCUCUCUAACAAACAUCAAUCCACUCAAUUUGGACUUGGUGUAGCUGCUGCUUUAAUGCCAAGUUGGAACCAUGGCAAUGACCCCUCAACCAACUUGAAGAUCACUCAGCUUGUUGACAGCUUCAAAGCCAAGGUGGCCGCUGACCCCAACUACCUGCAGUCAAAGGUCAAAGAGUAUUUCCAGGACAACCAGCACAAGCUUUGGCUUACCAUGAAGCCACAGGAGGAUUAUGUGGAGGAACAGGAGAGAGAAGAGAAGGAGAAACUGGAUGGAAUGGUUGCCAAAUUGACAGAGACUGACAAGAUGGAUAUCUAUGAAAGAGGAUUGGAAUUGGCUGAAGAGCAGAAGAGAGAGGAAGACAUGACCUGCUUGCCGAGUUUAAAGGUCAGCGACAUUGAUGCCAAGGCCAAGAGGACUGCAGUGGAGACUAGACAUAUGGGUGGUGUUCACACUCAGUUCUGUGAGCAACCAACCAAUGGGAUCACUUACUUCAGGGCCAUGUUCACACCAGACAACAUUCCAGAUGACCUACAGAUCUACCUGCCUCUGUUCUGCAAUGUCAUCACAAAGAUGGGUGCGGGGGAGCUUGAUUUCAUAGAGUUUGCUCAGAAGGAAGAGCUAAAGACUGGCGGAAUCUCAACUUCUAGACAUAUAGCACAAUAUCACAGUGAUGUCAUGCAAUAUGAACAGGGGAUCGGUCUGUCUUCCUUCUGUUUGGACAGGAAUUUACCAGACAUGUUUGAUCUACUUCUCAGAGUAUUCACAAGCCCAAGGCUGAAUGACAUGGAGCGAUUGGCUACCUUGGUACGGAUGGAAGCAGCAGAAUUAGCCAACUCUAUUGUAUACAUGGGACAUGCCUUUGCUAUGAAACGAGCUGGAAGUAGUCUGUCACCCUCUGGCAGGCUUCAUGAGAUAGCAGGAGGAAUGACCCAGGUGUCAUUCCUAAAAGGACUUGCCGAGAAGGAGAACUUGGACCCAGUCUUGGCCCACCUUCAGACUAUUGCCUCCUUGGUACUAAACAAGACCAACAUGAGAUGUGCAGUCAACUCCAGCCCAGAAGGCGUGGAUCAAGCAGCCAAUCAGCUGACAAGGUUUCUAGAUAAUCUACCAGGCUCACCCUUAGGAGACAGUCUACAUUUAACACAGGCAUCUGACUUCAGUCCAUCUGAAGAGAGAAUGCACUACGAGCUUCCAUUCCCUGUUAACUACAUGAGCCAUGCUGUAUGUGGAGUGCCUUACUCACAUCCAGACUUCCCCAAGUUGAGGGUCCUUGCCCGUUUGAUGUCUGCCAAAUACCUGCAUCGGGAAAUCAGGGAGAAGGGAGGAGCAUAUGGAGGUGGAGCAUCCAUGGGCACCGAGGGCGCUUUCAAGUUUUACUCUUACAGGGAUCCCAACACAGUGGAGACAAUGUCAGCCUUUGAGUCAUCGGUCCAGUGGGCCCUAGAUGGCAAGUUUACUCAACAAGAUAUAGAUGAAGCCAAACUCUCUGUCUUCUCAGUGGUUGAUAGUCCGCUCUCACCGGCCGAGAAGGGUGCCACUCUCUUCUCCACAGGGAUUGACAAUGAUAUGAAGCAGGAAACUAGAGAUGCACUCUUCGCUGUGACUAAAGACGACCUCAGAGAUGUAGCAGAAAGGUACUUGAUGGAUGGUAAGAGAACCCAUGCCACUACUCUACUAGGACCAACCACCACCAUGACCAGUCAGGGAUGGAAUAUACUCAAGGAAUGAACAAUUCCAGGUUGGAAUGGAAGCUUCUAUAUCUGAGGAGAUGUCAAAUUGAUUAGAUUUUCCACUUCGUCAAAAUUCCAAAUAAGAUCAAAAGGAUUUUUUUUCUGCUGGAAUGCAUAUUCCGUCUUGCCUUUAUAUGGAGAUGUCGUUUUAAUAAAUAAUCCGCAUUUCCAAUCAAGAAGAUGACAAGGAAUAUUGUAUCUAAGAAUUAAAGCUCUAUGUCUUGCCUUUCAUAUGGAGAUGUCAAAUUGAUUAGACUUCCACAUUUCCAAUCGAGAAGAUGAAAUAAGAAUAUUCAAGACUGGCAUGAAGACUUGCCUUUCAUUUGAAGGUGACAUAUUGAUCACCCUGAUGUACCUUCAAAGUCUAUCCCUUAUGUCUUCGGACUGUGAUGUGAGAGGAAAGUGCAAUGUCUUUAUUCUCAGUUGGGAUGAAAUGCUAGAAAUAUUCAAUGUUUAUAUACACCUCAUCUGAGGUGACUAUAAACAAGAGAUUUGUGUUUAUUAGAGAUUUAAUACCGGUAAGGAAGAAAGAGAUUAUUCAAACAGUGGUUGAAUAUUACCAGCAUAUAAACAUUAACCAUUAUAAUAGGGAAUACUUUAAAAAAAAGUAAACAUGGACAAAAUUUGCAAUAGUCAUGAUUUUUAUUUGUGCAAAUGAACUAUGAUUACGGAGAUGAAAUUGAAAAGAGGUCUUUUAGAUUUAUAAAGACAGACUUACAUGUAAAGCCGUGUACGUGUACAUCUGCUCCUAUUACAAUCGGUGAACCACAAUGAAUUCAAAUGAAGGAAAAUCACUAUGCCCAUCCCCUGAAAUCGAGACUUCUGACUAAUUAAAUAACAAAUAUAACUUGUUCUUAGUACUGCUUAUAUCUUC